GUUUGCUACGUCAUAGUGUUAGAUGUGGAAAAGUACGCACCAAGAUGGUUGGUUUCCUGUUCUUGGAAUCAUUUGUCUCAAAAGAACAACAAACACCCACUCACUCACUCCCAAGAACUGACGCCGCACUCCCGUGCCACUUCAUCCAGCAUCCAGCAUCUCCGGAGAUACUUGAAACAUCAGCUAAGACUGUCUUACGUUAAACGAUGUGUUUCGGGCGACUAGCAGUCCUUCUGACACCCCGAAACGACCCAAACUCUUUCUCAAGGCCACCAGGAGAGGCGCCUGCGUUCCCUUCUUCCUCGCGGGGCACUGAGGAUGAUGGUCGCGACGGCGGCAACGGGGAGAAGAAGAAGAAGAAGCACCACCGUGAGCCUGGGUGGUAUCAGGCGAACACCAUGGCCACCGAGCUCAGCGGCGUGAAUCCCUUUGAUAGGUCCAGGGACCCGGAUAGGCCGCAGCAUCACUAUGGUGUGGGGUGUGGCCACGAGGGCCCGCGGGCUACGGGGUGUCCGGUUCAUGGGGAUAAUUGCUGCUGGGGAGGGAACGAGGGCACUCGUGUUGAUGGAAGCAAGCGUUGAUACCCCUUUCAAACAUCGGCCAUGAUGGAGACUCUAGUCAGGCAGCCCUGAGGACCGUUCCAAAAAGGAAAUGACUGGUCUUCUACAUUUGACUGUGCAAAGAAUACAUCAUGCUGCAAUUCCAGUUCUACGGAGCUAGAACGAGAGACAAGGCCGUCGGGUGGUCGAAGACAAAGCGUUAAAGCCGACCCAAAAUCCAGAGCGGGCUCCCCGAGGAUCCAAGGGAGCGAUACCUCUAGCCUUGUGUGCGCGACACAAGGCUGAGGCCACUUGCUUGUGUAUUUCAUUCUCUAUGCAUGGUUAUUGGUAUUGUGGCUUUUCUUUUCUUUUCUUUUUUUUUAAAAAAAAAAAGCCGGGUCUUGAGCGUUUACCACCAUGGGAAGACGUCAUGUAUACCUAGGUAUCUUCGGACAUGUGCGGAGUAAAAGCGAAACCAGGCCAGUGUGGACGACCUUUUGAGCAUGGUGUAUAUUUCAAUCCCAACAUGACCUUGGACGGCCAGUGACUACCAAUCCUGCACUCUUGACC